UCCCUGUAAAUAAGAAAUGGAAACUUUCGGGUCAAUAGACAACCAGCUUCAAUUGGAGAGUCACAGCAGCCCAGUGGAUUACCUACACCAGAGAUACGCCAGCACUUACGAGAAUACUUUCAACUCGUGGAAUGAUUACUUGGGGUUGAGCACCCUGGUGGGUAAAGCUGUCAGCGAGGGGGGUAAGAGCGGAUUGCACCCGGGCAGUGAGGUGAGGCUGCAGACUCGGGCGCCCUGCAUCGCCCGCUCCCUGCAGCUGAGUGAGCUGGGGCUCUGCUCCCGCCACGAUGCGCUGCUGGGCUCCGAUUUGGAAGGGAGGUUCGCCGACUUCAGCCCUUUCUCGGCUUACCCGGCGGGCGGAGAGCAGCAGCAGCGCCUGGAGCGAGAGCCCAGCGACUGGAGCCGAGUGGAUGUGAUCAUGAUGGACCACAGGAGCCACCUGCAACUCCCUCACUCGCAGCUCUACCCACAGCAGCAGCAGCAGCAGCAGCAACAGCCACAUCCUCUUCCUCCUCCUGCCGCCGCCCAGCAGAGAGCCGCUCGGGGCAAGGCAGAGCUACAGAUCUGCGUCUUCUGCCGGAACAACAACGAGUCCGUCACCCUGUACACCACCCACAUCCUGAAGAGCCCCGAUGGUAGGGUGCUGUGCCCAAUCUUGAGGCGGUACACAUGUCCUUUGUGCGGGGCGAAUGGAGACAACGCGCACACCAUCAAAUACUGCCCACUCUCCAAGCUUCAACCCACAAUUCCAAAACUGAAGACCAGAAACUGCGUUAGCAAAAGGGUCCGUUAAUAAAGACCCCCCAACACCCCCCCCACCCCACCCCACAAACAAGGCAUUCGUGGGCCCAAUUACCCCCAGGCUUCGUAGACUAAUAAUAAUACGUGGACAUUUUAUUAAGACUAUAUUUUGAGUCUGGGAAUAAACGUUUUAUAGUGACUGAAUGUACUCUCUUUGUCUAAAUUUGUUUACAAUCUAAUGUUUCUGGUUGAAUAUCUAGCCCAGAAAUCUACCUCAGUUAUAUAAAUAUAUAGUUUAUGGAAAUAAGAGAACGCCAUAAUCAUUUUGGGGUUUUUUUUGUUUUCAAAUCCACUUAUGUGCAUUUCGUUAUCGGAAAAUUUAAGGUAACUUUAACAGUGAUAUAUUGUAGAAGAUGUAUUUUGAUUUUUUCUUUUUGAAUGUAUUGUUUACUUUUUUAAAAAUGUAAUGUAAAACAGAUCUAAAGAUUACUAAUGAGUAACUGUGUUAACAACAG